AGGGGCGCAGCAAGUUGUGGCGGAACACUGGAGCUGAGUAACUUCCCCCAUGCUCGGUAGCCCCCCUGUGGUGCAAGAUUGACAGCCUGUCUGAACUCUUUCAGGCAGUUUGGGACCAGACCAACGUGCGAUGAAACUGAGCAACUCAAGAUACUGCUCACAAUCGGGGUCUGAGGAGUUGGAGGAGAUGAUCUCCCGGGACUUUUCAACAGACUUCAAAGUAUUGAUUCCAUGACAUGACUUCCAAUGACGAGCUCAUCUCACUGCCCCCAAAACAAGAAAAGUCGGCUCUCUGAAUUUGGACCCAAACAUUUCGAUGUGUAAGAAUAAGAUUUGUUAACUGCGUUGAACUUUUUUUGUUCAGACUUCUGCAGCAGGCCAUUAUAUACGGCCCUUUUUAGAGCCCGCAGCGCCUUUCUAUGUGUAUCAAAUCCAUGGAGACCGACCGCAGAGUUGCCCCCUUUUCAUACGCUUAACAAGAUCUGGAUUUUACAGGAUGCAAGGGUGUGUGUGUGUGUGUUUGCCAUGUCUGCAUCUCAUUCAUACAGUGUCCCCCAUGCGAGCUGACUCUUUGUGUAGAGCACAAAAACGAUUUAACAGCCUCCAUUGUUGACCUCUGCAUGUUGGUUACUCGUUGGUCCGUCUGGCAUCAAAACAUGCGGCUGGAACCUGACAAGAACUCAAGAGAACGACGGAGGAAAAACAAGCUUUGUAUCAGAAGGGGAAAUGUUUGUCACUGUCCUGUUUGGAGAAAGCAGAAUGGAAAUGUUUAACAUCAACUGCAAACUGAUACACUUUGUCCACAAUUUGAAGGAGCGCUGUGGAGUGGACUUGAAAGACUGCGUGGACCUAAUGAACCGCAACGGGACAGUAGUGAAUUUAGAAACCAAGGAGCUCAGUGUGGAUCUGGCCAGCAGCUUGCUGGCAGAGAGACAGCACUAUGUCCUCCUCCAAGUUUGCCGAAAUGAUAACGGAGGCCAAAAGUAUGUUUCCCUCUUACACAAUGUCAGCCACAGCCAUCCAGAAUUAAAAGAGCUCCUGAGGAAAGUGUGCAACCCUGGCCAAGAGAGAGACAAGAAUUUCACCUCUGCGCGGCGAAGACACACACGCAGGAAGGGUCCUGCUAGCCAGAGCUGGAACAAAAAUGCCUGUCAACAAUGAGCACCGCCAACAUUCAUUCAGCAUCUGUUCGUCCUUCCAUUCAUUUCUAAGCGCUUGUCCUACUCAGCGGUCAUGCAUGACUUGGGGCCUAGCAUAACCAACAAGAGGGCAGGUACAUACUCUCUGAUUGCCAUUCAAGCGCAAAGCACAUAAAAACAACCAUUCACAGUAACAUUCACACCUGUGCUCUUGUUGCAUCGCCCUGCUUAGUCCGGCUAUCGAUUGUUCAAGGGGGAAAAACAAACAAAAAAAAACUAACAAGUACGACUUUUACUUGCUGUGGGUUUGCGCAAAAUAUGCCAAACCCCGUGACUUCACGUCUAUGCUGUAGCUUUAAUUCAAGACCGAGUAAAUAUAGUAAUAAAUAUGUACGACACUCUACUGCAGGUGUGUCAAAAACAUGGCCCGCGGGACGGAACCAGCCCCCAAGGAAGUUUGAUCAGGCCCGCGGGAUAAUUUAAAAGUGAAAAAUGUAUUCAAGACACGGAAUGAAUAUUUUUCAUAAAAUGCCCUUCAUGGAUUAUCCACUAGGGGGCACACUGGUUUGAUCAGAGUCGAAGACAACAUUGUUUUGAUCAGAGAAGAAAACAGUAGUCUCUAGACAGACCCAACACAUAAUACAGUAUCAAUGCGCUAAUGCCUCUUUAUACCAAAACAAAGGAAAGACAUGAUAUUUUGGUUAUUUAUAAACUGAGGCUCAGAGGGGAUGGAGCCUUUUCUGUUGCUGGUCCCUCUCUCUGGAAUGACCUCCCACUGAACAUUCGGCAAGCCACCUCGCUGCCCAUCUUCAAAGCCCUCCUCAAAACUCACUUGUAUUCUUUGGCAUUCGACUCAGCAUGACUUAGAUUUGUUCUUGGUUUUACUGUUUGCUGCUUUCUACCGCCUUUAUUACAGAUUUGUCUUACUGUUUAUUGUGCAUGUUAAAUUGCUUCAUGUACAGCACUCUGUAUGCAGCGAUGGCUGUUUGAAAGUGCUCCAUAAAUACACUUGACUUGACUUGACUUAUUUAGAACAACGUAUGGUAUAAUGUUAAUGGUCCGGCCCACUUGACAUCUACCAAGUCCGUAUGUGGCCCACAAUGUGAAAUGAGUCUGACACCCCUGCUCUACUGGUACAAUAAUAAAUAACACGAGGAAGGUUGAAGUAGUUCAGCUUUAACCACAGUAUUUGAGUUGCACCCUAAUCUCUCGUUCUUUUUCUAUCAUCCAUUUUUGACUCCGCUUCCCUUUGUUAGACUCAAUGGCUGAGCUAGCGAGAGUCUAUCCCCGGUUGACUUUGGGCCACAAGCCGGGUAACAUCGUUGGCUGGUCACCAGCUAAUUGCAGGGCCUAUAUGAUACAUCGAGUUUGGCUGGUCCUGCAACUCCAAUCUUCACAAAUGGCGUUGAUGGCAACGAAUGAGCUCUGGUUGGAUCAGGAACUUCCGCUCCUAACUGCGGAAAAGUGUAAAUAGUAAAUCCUUAUUGAGGAUGCCGUCUGCUAAACUAGUGAUACAUCACACAUUAGUUACCAUGAUUUCUUCUUCUUUUUGUCUUUUUUUUUUUUACAUUUCUACUUUAUUUUGGCAAUUAACAAAUGCUUUUGUUGCAUUACCGUCACCUUCUUUAGCAAGAAAGCAGUGAAUGCAGUCCACACUGUCACCACUUUAUUCAUUCUCAUACUGUUCCUUUCAAAAUGGCCGCUUUUGAGAAGCCCAACACAACCAGUCACUAAGGUUGCCACCUUUCAGAUCUGGAAAUAGUCCCCACGGUGUCGCGGAAAAAUGAGAGGGAAUGGGAAAUGGGAGGGUUGAAAUGCAUUGAAUCCCAGAAUUUUUUUUUUAUAUAUAUGAAAAAACUAAUGCUAUGAUUUGAAUGACAUUGUUUAACACGUCAUAAUAGCCUCCGGGCCAUAUGGGUCACUUUGUUGAGAGUGAGAGUCAGGAAGGAGAAGUCAAAAAGCCUUGAGAGACGUACUUACAGUUUAAAGUGCUUUAUUAGCAAUGAACAUGUUUUUUUUAAAGGCUGGAGUUACAUGAACCUUAGCCUAGACUAUAGGCUUUUAAAAAGUGCAGUAAAUUAACCAAAUAUUUGUACUUGAACACAUUUAAUAAUUAUGUAACACUGAAUAGCCUGAACUUGAGCAUAUAGACCUGGCCUACUGCGUUGUGUACAUAUAAAGUGCUGUAAAUUAAACAAAGCCUCUCUGGGGGAGACUUCUACCGAAAGAGGACAAUACUUCAAUUAAAUAGCCUAUACAAAUGCUGUAAAUGUAACAACUGGGGACACCUUUCCUGUCAGAGGAAGAAAAAAAUGAAACACUUGUAAACUUGUGUGUAUGCAUGGUCAAGGCGGAAGGGACUGAACUCGGGUGAACUUGAGCAUACUGUAUGACAUGCAUAUACUGUCAAGUGUUGUGACAGCUGUAACAAAGCCUAUCUGGGGACACUUUUAUUAUUAUAACGAUAACUAUAAUAAAAUUAAACAUUUGUAUGAACCCAAAUGAAAAGAUGGGGGAAAAAAAUGGGAAAAAGUGCAAAACAAUCCUCUUCCUCAAUCCCUUCAUGUGCUCUUUGAUGCCAGAUCAGGGGUAAAGACUGAACAGGUUUUUAUUCAUUAUUGUUGAAUUCAUUGUUCACCUUUGUGAUCAAUUCAUACGAAAUUCAUACAAUUGGAACUGUUACAAUGAGAACAACACAAAAAACAGAGUUUUUUAAUUGAGAUUUUUUUCAAAUGCUACUCUGCUGGCCAUUAAGAAAGUCAUGAAUAACUAGCCAAAAACGUUUCUAUAUUUUCCAAGUUUAGAGCAGGCUGUGCCAAAUUAUGAAUCUCCUAUCUAGAG